AUGGCUGAUUCCACCACAACAAAGGAGGGCUCGCUGCCAGAACUGCUCUCCCAGGCUCUCCCAAAGGAUUCCCAAUUCACAUUUUACCAUGUUUCGUCUCCGCCAACCAAAUGCGCUGCUAUCUUCUCCGCGCCGCCUGGCGCAAGGCCGGAGCGGACGUACUGCGAGUCCCACUUCUUGAAUGUGUCGAUCAAGCCAAAGCCGGGCGACGAACGGAGUACCGGAGAAGUGCUGGCAUUCGCAAUUGAGGUUCUGAUUUACACCACGAGCCACUUGACUACCAUCUUCGUCUCCAAAGCAGAUUCUACCGGCUACAUCUCGCUGCUCAACCUACCCCGGACGCAGACCUCACCCUUACGCGCCAUAUCCUCGGCCUUCAUUUCAUGGCUUGUCAAGCACAGGCAGCGGCCUGGAGUACGGCUCGUGGUGUCCCUUUUCGCAAGAGCGCAGGAUCAGUAUCUUUUUCCCGGCAGUGUCGAGAAUGGAGACAAGCAUAUUGCGGACGAUACGGCGUUGAUCAAAUGGUGGUGUAAAGUGUUGGACCCGGUUCUCAGAGAUUACGCACCAGAGGUGUCAGAGACCGGCCAAGGGAGUCUAUUGGACAGACAAUCUGACCGUACAACUGCCCAAGGUCAUCUGGUCAUACCCGGUCUGGAGAAGAACGAUACCAUACGUUUCUUUCCCGCAACGGUGCGGUCAGACCUAGCAGAGUCAAAACGAUGGAGACACGGCCAUCCUCUGCAGCAAAUAUCCAAGCAUCCUAGCGCACCUCCACGGUGUCUUAUACCUCACUUUCCAGACGACCCAAAAUCGCGGUACAUGGACGAGUUGGAUGAUGAGUUACCAGAAACAGGUGCUCAGUCACUGACAAGCCCGAGCAAGGGCAAUGGGCAAUGGAGAAGCGUACGGAGCUUGGAGCAAUUCUGGGAAAUGAUGUCUUUCAGGCAAGAGUGUUCCUCUGGAAGACUAGUUGGCUUCAUAUGGGUCAUUUUUACACCACCAGAUUUAGACGACAUGGCCGAAGAUGAAUUCCCGGGCUCCCAGACGGAGUCAAUAGCGGAGAUGCUUUCACCUCCGAAUAAAUUUAACGAGGCCAGUGAAAUGAAGAAUAGGCCGCGAAGGAGGUCGAGGUUAACUGGGCCCAUCGUUCCGCGAGUUCCACGCAUCAAGUCAGGGAGUUCAAAAUCUCCCGACAAGUUACCACCGGUGGAAUCAAGAUAUUAUGCCUGGCCAGCUUCCAGCCGUGGCCAGAUUGUGCUGGAGGAAAAGGACUACAAACGUGCCACUGACUUGCUGCUUCACCAAAACUACGCCAAUCGCGAAAUGGCCGUUGUCAGUACGAAGAAGUGGAUCGACGAGGCAAGCGUUUUAGGCUGCACUCAGCGAUGGGGCAUGGCCAUUACGGGAAGGAAGGCAGCACCGGCAGUUGAGACAAACGGAAACGGGGGUGUCAACAUGCUCAAUGCAUCAAUGCUGAGGAAGAAGAGGAAGCCUGAAGGUGAAGAGUCGGCGCCGAAGACGGCCGAGGCAGUGAAUACUUUGCCAGCUGGCUUGGUGCGAAAGAAGGCAAAGGCUACGGAGGAGUCACCGUCGGCUGCUGGCUCGGCAGAAGGUGUUAAUGUUCUGGGUGCUGGGCUGAUCAGGCGAAAGCCUAAGGCGUGA